UCAGAGUUCCUCUGUUUUAGGACACGCCCCCUGUCACAGCGGUACUUGAAGCAAACAUGGCAGCUCUCUUGAGCCGGUUACACCACGUUUCUAUCCAUGUUUCCAACGCAGAGAAAAUAGCGACUGAGCUCAGCUCUAAAUUCAAGUUUAAUCUGUUCGCCGCCAGACUCACCGGCAAGUCCAAGCAACUGGCGUUCAGGAAAGGAGCGGCGAUUUUCGUCGUGACUGAGAGACCAACUCAGGGUAGUGUGGGAUUGAAUGAAAGGCUGAGCGUAUUGCACAAACAUGAUCCACGCCAGGUGGACGUGAAGAAAUACACGCGGGAUUAUGCCUCCGCGUGUCUCUACGAUGUGAGCCCUCAUCACCCGGUGGACACGGUGAGCAACGUGUGCUUCGAGGUGGAAGAUGUGGAAAGGUCAUUCAAGGUUCUUCGCCAUCUGGGCUGCAACUUCCUGGUGCCUCCAACCACAGUGGAGGAUGAGGAUGGUCCAGUCACCUACUCCGUGGUUAAAUCCUUGGUGGGAAACGUGUGCCACACUCUAUUAGACAAGUCAAAGUACAAGGGAAUCUUCCUGCCUGGGUUUGAUUUCACUAUAAAGGACUGGAGCUUGGAGGAAGAGGACAUGUCUUGUCCUGUUACUCAUUUUGAUCACAUAACUUAUGCCUGUCCUAGAGGGACAACCCACCAUGUUAUGAGCUGGUAUGAGAAGCUCUUUGGUUUUCAGAGGUUUUUCAUUGAUAGUAAUGAAGAUGUUGAUGAAGGUUUUGUCGUAAACCAGGAGGGCAUUGGACUGCGACUUACUGCCAUGCAGUACUGGAAGUGCAGCGAAGCUGGAAUCACUUUUCCCUCUAUCAACAAAAAAGACCCAGACUGCAAAUUUGUAAUUGCAGAAUCACUGCCUGAUCAAGGCAGUAACCAGGUUGACACCUUCUUGGAGCAGCACCGAGCUCCGGGGGUCCAGCACAUCGGACUGUACACCAAAGACAUAGUCUCUACUGCACACACAAUGGCUGAAGCUGGUGUACGGUUUUUCUCCCCUCCUCCGGCCUAUUACACUGAGGUGGGAAAACAGCAGGAAAUAGAAGAAGCAGGACACAGUCCCCAGAUGCUGGCACAGCACGGCAUUCUCCUGGAUACAGACCUGCACCAGGAUCCCUUAUCGCAGACGACAUCCAGCGAAAACAGAAGAUACCUCCUUCAGGUGUUCACCAAGCCCAUAUUUGCAGAAGACACCUUCUUCCUGGAGCUGAUCGAGCGAAGAGGGGCAACAGGUUUUGGCGAGGGGAACAUCAGGGCGCUGUGGAGGUCGGUGCAGGCGUACAUGGAGAACGAGAAGAGGGUUUCUCAAGGAGAGGCACCCCCAAAAACUGUGCAAACUGCUCCGUACUAGUCUGUCCAAAUAUUUUCAUCAGGGAUUACUUUUAUUUCUUCUAUGUUUUUAUAACAACGUGAGAGCACUUAAUGGGGAAAAAUAUGUAAAAUAAUAAAAAAGGAUUUUCUACAAAUGGUAAAUCUGACGACACUUAUUGCACUACUAACACACUCUCUGUUGUAUGUUGUAUUAAUAUUUAUCUGAGAAUAUGACUGAGCUGAUUAAAGACACCAAGCACAAAAGCAUUGCAAGUCAUGUUGCAAAUCCCGAUACGUACUGUCCUUGAAAAUGUCUCAAUAAAAAUACACUUGCCAUAGCAGUAAAAGAA